CUAAAAUUGAUUGUAUUUUACAGACAAUUAAAUUGAAUGCAAAAUACUUUUGAGACAAAUGCGAGACUUUUGAGAGUAUUUUGAGUGAAAUGUGAGAUAUUUUUGGCGCAAAACUAACAAAACAUUUGACAAAAUGAGUGCAAAUGAGAGCAAAACCAAUGAAUUGUCGCUUAAUAUGGAUUCAAUGACUGAAGAAGUGAUGAAUGAAUUGACAAAACUGGUCAUUGAGGACAAGAAAUGUAUUUCCUACACUUAUCUGAGCGUCAGAUUCAGAGUUCAUGUCAAGAGAGCCAUUGAACUUUUGGAUCAAUUUGUUUGCGAUCAACGAAAGGAUGGCAACAAUUUAUGUCUUAAUUAUCUGUUGUCAGGAAAUAACGACAACAAGACUAAUGACACGGAAACCAAGAUGGACAGAUUCAUGAUUGUCGAGGAAUCAGAGAUGGAGUCAGCCAUCGAGUGGUUCCGAAACGGAUUCAAUAAACAUAUAUAUAGUGUGAGUUCGAGUGAAGACAACAACUCAAUUGAUCUGAAUUUCAAAGAAUAUGAAUACGAAGUGAAGGAUCAAAAUGACAUCAAAGAGUUGCAGAACUUAACGUAUGUCACGAAUCGAGACAUUAAUUUGCGGCCAAAUUGUCGCAGACGUGGAAUCAAACCAACGGUUUAUGUGAAGGAAGAGAAGAAAGUGGAGGAAGAAAAGAGUGCAUCGAAUGGCAAACAAGUCGUGAACAGCAAAGCGAAGGCCAAAACCAAUGCUAAAGGAAAGGGGAAACAGAAGAAUAAGAUCUCGAAUAUGUUUUCCAAGAAUAAGACGAUUGAAAACGAAGAGAAAGAAUCGAUUGAUUGUAACGAAAGCGACGACCCGUUUAAGAGUGACAGCGAAGAGGAGACCAAACCUGAAGUUAAAGACAAUGAAGACAUUAAUGGUAAGGAUAGUGACAUUGAAGAGAUUCCACAAAAUGGUAGAAAAGCGAAUCCAAAGAAGAGAACUUCAAACAAUGAUUUGAACGAUAGUUCAGACGAAGAGAUUGUGACCAAAAAGAGGUCCAAAAAGUUUAAAAGAGUUCGCGUCAUAUCAGACAGUGAUUCCGAUGAACCCAAGGAGUCGGCCAUUGAUAAGUUUGUGAGCACUCAAGAGGUUAACCAAAAGCCUGUUAAGAAAUUAGAGGAGAAACAGGAGACACAUAUGGAUGAAGACGGAUAUCUUGUAACCAAAACCGUCAGAAAAGAAGUUGAGGUCAAGAAGUCUGAGAGUCCGAAGUGCGAGGAAUCCGAUCCGAAGUCAAGUAAACCUGUUGUUGAGAAACAAAAGCCUAAACCUAAGACUGAAAACAAGAACAUCGAGAAGAAGACUAAACCACAGAAACCACUAAACGAUAAGAAGAGUAAAACCCAGUCCUCUAUAACCAGUUUUUUCAAACCCAAACAAUUGUCGGCUUAA